UUUUUGACAGCUAACCUGACCCAAGCUCCAACCUGGUCUCAUAUGGGAAAGACAGCUCUGUUGAACAAAAAAAGCAAGCAAAAAACUAGGGCCAGUGCAAAAUUGUGCAAAAAUAUCUAGGAUUUGUUUAGCAAAUAGAUGUAGCCGAUGCACAAUCACCAAAUGGCUGGCCUGGAAGAUUACGGGCGGUACCUGGAAGAUGAGGAUGAGUUAGAUAAUGCACGGUUCCUGUCCGCUUACAAAUCCACCCUGGACGAUGCGCCGUAUCAGUUCAUCAACUCGGAGCGCGAUCUUACGCUGCCACUGCAGAAGCACAAAAACGUUCAACCACUGUACGAAAGCCCGGACGAUGAAAUAUCGCUGCGGAAAUAUCUCGGUGCGAGCGUUAACCUCAUCAGCCUGAUUACGGAGAACCUGCUAUGCCAUCCGUUUUUGGUGCUGCGACGCCAGUGCCAGGUGCAUCACACCGCCCGGCGGUACCACGUCGUGCCGAUCACCCUGCUGCCGGUGAUUGUGCAUCUGCACCAGCGGCAGGGUGUUACGACGCUGUGGAAGGGUAUCGGCAGCGUGCUUCUAGUCCGUGGCAUGACGCUGGCCGUGGAGGAUGUGAUAUCAAAGUUUACGCCCUGGCCAAAGGAAAUUAAUGCUAAAACUACUGUCAAACAGUUCGGUCAACAUUUGCUGCUGAAAUGCAUAAGCAUAGCGGCAGUGGUUCCGUUUUACUCUGCAUCGCUCGUCGAAACUGUCCAGAGCGACAUUGCCAGCGAGAAGCCGGGCAUAUUCGAUGUGUUCCGCGAGGGAGCGAGCCGCCUGCUGUCCUGGAGCGUCCCGCAGAAGGGCCGAAUGUUGCCGGUGUGGGCCUUGGUAGGGCCGAGCAUAUCGCUCGGUCUGUCGAAAUACGUUUGCCAACUGUUUGUGCGCGGCAUCUCGACCAGGAUCAUGUGCAGACGGGUAACGUUUUACGAGGAGCGGCGCGGCGCUCGGACGCGCGAUUUCGCCGCCCAGAGCCAGGUGAUCGAGGUGUACUCGACCAUGAUUUCGCUGAUGGCGACGGAAAUGAUUUUCUACCCGUUCGAGACGAUCCUGCACCGGAUCCAGCUGCAGGGCACGCGCACAAUCAUCGACAAUCUGGACUCGGGCUAUUCGGUCGUACCGAUUCUGACCAGCUACGAGGGGGUGGUCGACUGCUACCGGCAAACGCUGGCCAGCGAGGGCGUGAGCGGACUGUACAAGGGUUUCGGCGCGAUGAUGCUGCAGUUUGCGGCGCACGUGGCAGUGAUCAAGCUGGGCAAGUGGUUCAUAACGCAGAUUUCCGAGCUGAUGUCGAGCAAACCGCCGGCAAAGGUGGUGGAGUUUUACAAGCUGGAGGGCAAGACGCCCGUCGGGUCGGCCACGAUGUCCCGGAGCAUUAGCGGCAUUAGUUCACUUAGCGAAGAAAUAUCGUAGGGUGUGUGUGUGUUUUACUCAUUGCGUGUUGCAAGGAAGAAAAUACAGAAAAAAUAUGUUUGUUUAAAUCUUAAA